AUGGAUAAUACCAACUCAGUUUCUACACUUAUAGAUUGUACAACCUCUAAGAUACAACAGCUUCAGAAAGCAUUUGCUGAACUUGAGAGUCACCGGGCUGUAACCCUGAACUUGAAGUGGAAAGAACUUGAAGAACAUUUUCAUGGGCUUGAAAAAUCCUUAAAGAGGCGUUUCCAUGAGCUGGAAAGCCAAGAAAAGGAGUUCGAAAGCAGAACAGUGGAAGCCCAAAAACUGUUAGAAAAGCGGCAAGCAGCUGUUGUGGCCAAGGAACAAGCUUCACUGGAGACUCUUCAAGAGAAGCGAGAUGCUGCCAUAUAUGUUAUUACUACUGCUCGAGAGAAGCAAAGGAAGGUAUCAACUGAGGAGUCUUCUGUUGUCACUGAUGAUGGCCAGGGUGGGCCACCAAGUGUGGAAGAGAAACCACCGGAUGUGAUGGUUUCUGAAAGUAACUUUGAAGAAAUGAAAAGUGCUGAAAAUGGGAGUAUAGAGGUGAUGUCCUAUCCCCAGUUAGUGAAACUAUGUGAACAGAUGGACUCAGAAGGGCUCCACAAAUUUAUAUCAGAUAACCGCAAGAACCUUGCUUCCAUAAGAGAGGAAAUUCCACUUGCAUUAAGAGCUGCAGCCAACCCUGCCCUAUUUGUUUUGGAAUCUUUGGAAGACUUUUACCGCCUGGAAGGGCCCAAUAUGGACGGGAAGAAGGAUUCAAAUCUGUUGGGUGUCCGUCGUACUUGUAUCAUGUUGAUGGAGUGUCUGAGCAUAUUGCUAACAAACCCAGAUUUAGUCUCUGCAUCUGAUGUAAUUACGGAGGAGGUUAAGGAUCUGGCAGAAGCAAUUGCUGAAGAAUGGAAGCCAAAGUUGGAUGCUCUUGACAUGGAUGCUAGCAAUGGGAACUCACUAGAGGCUCAUGCUUUUUUGCAACUUCUUGCUACUUUUGGUAUUGCCUCUGGUUUUGAUGAGGAAGAAUUAUUCAGGCUAAUACCAAUGGUUUCACGUCGUCGCCAAACAGCUGACCUUUGCCGUUCUCUUGGAUUGACUGAGAGAAUGCCAGGUGUUAUUGAAGUGUUGGUGAGUAGUGGACGACAAAUUGAUGCAGUUAACUUGGCUUUUGCAUUCGAAUUGACAGAGCAGUUCUCUCCUGUGCCUUUACUCAAGUCCUACUUGAAAGAGGCUAGAAAAGCUUCACCGGUCAAACCUGGAAAUGCAUCUCCCACAGCACAGAAUGAAGUGAAUGACCGAGAGCUGGCUGCCCUUAAGGCUGUGCUCAAGUCCAUUGAAGAACAUAAGCUUGAGGACCAGUAUCCAGUGGAUCCACUUCAGAAACGGGUUCUUCAGCUGGAAAAGGCCAAGGCAGACAAGAAGAGAGUGGCUGAAGCUGCAAAACCUCAACCCAAGAGACCUCGCGCUAAUGGUGUUGGAUAUGGGCCUCGUGUCACCAAUGUUGUUGCUGACAAGACUUUCUAUCCUAGAGUUGCUGAAAAUAGGUACCCGCAGUACAUGUAUGACAGACAGUUUGUUUACCCUGGACCUGCUGACAACCACUGCCCCUCCCUGCUGGGUUCUGCCACUUACAACAUGUCUCCUGCUCAUGGCAACUACUUUGCAACUGGCUACCAGUAUCAGCCCGCAUAUCUUCACUAA